CCAACAAUACUAAAUGGAAAUGUCACGGGUUUGAAACUAUAUGAUGAUAACCAAGAUGAUUUGUUUAGUCUGUAUAACGUAACUUGUGAUGACGGAUACCAUUUGACCAAUAGCAACUACGAGGGAAGAUGCCUGAAUCCUCCACUGUUUACAUCACCCCCAAACUGUGAAGCAUAUUGUCCGUUGCCGAAUAUAUCAAAUUCAAAUGUGAACUCCACAAGAACUAACAACAAUGGUGAUGUCAUUGAAUAUACAGUUACCUGUAACCAUGGAUACGAAAUAAGCAAUCAACACUAUGAUACUGUGUGUCGUGAUCCUUCUGGCUUUACAUCACCCCCGAGCUGUAUAGCUGUUUGUAUGCUACCCAACAUACUUCAUGGCUCUACUAAUGGCACAGGCCUGACUUCUACUUCUACAAGUUUCAUCACCUAUACAAUACAAUGUGGUAAUGGUUACAAAUUGAUGAAUAGCAGCUAUGGUAACGUGUGCUCACGUCCUCCCUCUUUUCCGUUUCCCCCAAGAUGUGUAGACCAAAAUGAAUGCCUAGAUGGUACACACACUUGCAGUUCUGAUGCCACAUGCAACAACUCAAUUGGAUCAUAUCAAUGCAUGUGUAGAUCUGCGGGGUACGCAUUUGAUGGUAUAUCUUGCACAGCUGUUUGUAAUCUACCAACAAUACCAAAUGGAAAUGUCACAGGUUUGAAACUACAUGACGAUAACCAAGAUGGUUUGUUUAGUCUGUAUAACGUAACUUGUGAUCACGGAUACCAUUUGACCAAUAUCAACUACGAGGGAAGAUGCCUGACUCCUCCGCUGUUUACAUCACCCCCAAACUGUGAAGCAUAUUGUCCGUUGCCGAAUAUAUCAAAUUCAAAUGUGAACUCCACAAGAACUAACAACAAUGGCGAUGUCAUUGAAUAUACAGUUACCUGUAACCAUGGAUACGAAAUAAGCAACCAACACUAUGAUACUGUGUGUCGUGAUCCUUCUGGCUUUACAUCACCCCCGAGCUGUAUAGCUGUUUGUAUGCUACCCAACAUACUUCAUGGCUCUACUAAUGGAACAGGCCUGACUUCUACUUCUACAAGUUUCAUCACCUAUACAAUACAAUGUGGUAGUGGUUACAAAUUGACGAAUAGCAGCUAUGGUAACGUGUGCUCACGUCCUCCCUCUUUUCCGUUUCCCCCAAGAUGUGUAGCUGUUUGUAAUCUACCAACAAUACCAAAUGGAAAUGUCACGGGUUCGAAACUACAUGACGAUAACCAAGAUGGUUUGUUUAGUCUGUAUAACGUAACUUGUGAUCACGGAUACCAUUUGACCAAUAGCAACUACGAGGGAAGAUGCCUGACUCCUCCACUGUUUGCAUCACCCCCAAACUGUGAAGCAUAUUGUCCGUUGCCGAAUAUAUCAAAUUCAAAUGUGAACUCCACAAGAACUAACAACAAUGGUGAUGCCAUUGAAUAUACAGUUACCUGUAACCAUGGAUACGAAAUAAGCAAUCAACACUAUGAUACUGUGUGUCGUGAUCCUUCUGGCUUUACAUCACCCCCGAGCUGUAUAGCUGUUUGUAUGCUACCCAACAUACUUCAUGGCUCUACUAAUGGCACAGGCCUGACUUCUACUUCUACAAGUUUCAUCACCUAUACAAUACAAUGUGGUAAUGGUUACAAAUUGACGAAUAGCAGCUAUGGUAACGUGUGCUCACGUCCUCCCUCUUUUCCGUUUCCCCCAAGAUGUGUAGCUGUUUGUAAUCUACCAACAAUACCAAAUGGAAAUGUCACGGGUUUGAAACUACAUGACGAUAACCAAGAUGGUUUGAUUAGUCUGUAUAACUUAACUUGUGAUUACGGAUACCAUUUGACCAAUAGCAACUACGAGGGAAGAUGCCUGACUCCUCCACUGUUUGCAUCACCCCCAAACUGUGAAGCACAUUGUCCGUUGCCGAAUAUAUCAAAUUCAAAUGUGAACUCCACAAGAACUAACAACAAUGGUGAUGUCAUUGAAUAUACAGUUACCUGUAACCAUGGAUACGAAAUAAGCAACCAACACUAUGAUACUGUGUGUCGUGAUCCUUCUAGCUUUACAUCACCCCCGAGCUGUAUAGCUGUUUGCAAUCCACCAACAAUACCAAAUGGAAAUGUCACGGGUUUGAAACUACAUGACGAUAACCAAGAUGGUUUGUUUAGUCUGUAUAACGUAACUUGUGAUGAUGGAUACCAUUUGACCAAUAUCAACUACGAGGGGAGAUGUAUGAAUCCUCCAGUGUUUGCAUCACCCCCAAGCUGUGAAGCGCAUUGCCCCUUGCCUCAUAUAUCAAAUGCAAAUGUGAACUCCACAAGAACUAACAACAAUGGUGAUGCCAUUGAAUAUACAGUUACCUGUAACCAUGGAUACGAAAUAAGCAAUCAACACUAUAAUACGGUGUGUCGUGAUCCUUCUGCCUUUACCUCACCCCCGAGCUGUAUAGCUGUUUGUACACUGCCAACAAUAAACUAUGGCUCUGGCAUUGGUGAACGCAUCAGAGACUCUUCUCCACGUUUCAACAAGUACACUGCGCUAUGUGAUACAUGGUACAAAUUGACCAACAGCAGCUAUGAUCAAUAUUGCCGGCAUCCGCCCUUGUUUCCGACUCCCCCAGCAUGUGUGGCUGUUUGCAAUCCACCAACAAUACCAAAUGGAAAUGUCACGGGUUUGAAACUACAUGACGAUAACCAAGAUGGUUUGUUUAGUCUGUAUAACGUAACUUGUGAUGACGGAUACCAUUUGACCAAUAUCAACUACGAGGGGAGAUGUAUGAAUCCUCCAGUGUUUGCAUCACCCCCAAGCUGUGAAGCGCAUUGCCCGUUGCCUCAGAUAUCAAAUUCAAAUGUGAACUCCACAAGAACUAACAACAAUGGUGAUGUCAUUGAAUAUACAGUUACCUGUAACCAUGGAUACGAAAUAAGCAACCAACACUAUGAUACUGUGUGUCGUGAUCCUUCUGGCUUUACAUCACCCCCGAGCUGUAUAGUUGUAUUGUGCCCAAGCCGAGUGGCACCGGAAAAUGGACAACAUGUGCUACCGAGUCAGCUGACCUACGGGAAUCAGGUAGUCUACCAGUGUAACAAAGGGUUGUAUCUCAAUGGAUCUAACAUCAGUACUUGCACAGGCGAAGGCAGUUGGUCAUCACCGAUACCUACAUGUGCCGUGAAGGCUGUUGGCACGGGGGAUGCCAAUUUUAACUCCAGGUCUCCUGUCGGCACUUUGGUUGGUUCAAUCGUCGGAAUUGGCGUCCUGAUCGUUGUAGCAGUGUUGUUCAUUUCACACCGGAAUCAAGCUGGAAAGCUACCCCCAGCAGUGCAAGGCCCGGUAACCAAACUGACCAAUGCGUGGAGAUACCUCAAGGACCGUUCCGUUGCAAGGACUGAAUCUGGACAAACAAUAAGUAUAAACAGUGGCAAUGAUCACAAUUCUUCUCAAUGCGGAUGGGAGGGCCAAGUGGAAGUGGACAUGUACGAGUCACUUCCUAGUCGUCCAGCUAAUGAUCGCACUUUGACGCUACGACAGCUGCCAAGCACCCCGGGUACCAUUGUGGACUUUCCAGUCUACGGGAACGAGAUCCCGGAAGAAAGCUCCGAGAACGAGGUGUAUGCCGGACUGGAUUCGGCUGCGGUUCAAGUUUACCAGAACAACAAGGCAAAGAAAGAAAAAUCAGGUGAUCUACCUGAGAGCAUCGAACCCAUUGAAAAUGAAGAAGAUACUCACGAACUUGAGCCACCCAUCAGCUCCUCAACUCAAGAUGCUUAUCAGAACAAUAGGAGCCCAGAAGACAGCCCUGAGUCUGAAAUAUACAACAACGACGAAACUGUGCAGAGUCCUGCUGGAGACGGUAUAUAUGAGUUGGGUGAUGCCCCGUCAACCUCUAUUCUGAACACAAAGCAGAGCCACAGGACUAUCCCAUGCGCUGCUCAGGAUGACGUUUAUGAGAUGGUUGAUGCCCCAUCAAUCUCGACUACCACUGUAAAGCAGAUGCGAAAGACUACCCCACGGGUUGUUCAAGAUGACAUUUACGAUAUGGACGGUGCACCUUCGAGCUGUAUUAAGGCUGUCAACCAGAGCAACAAGAUCUUUCAUCAUGGUGCUACUGACGAUACCUAUGAAAUGGAUGCUGCUGUAAACCAGAACAACGUGGAUGAUUAUGUAUACCAGAACAACGUGGACGAUUAUGUAUACCAGAACAACGUGGACGAUUAUGUAUACCAGAACAACGUGGACGAUGAUGUAUACAAGAACAACGUGGACGAUUAUGUAUACCAGAACAACGUGGACGAUGAUGUAUACAAGAACAACGUGGACGAUUAUGUAUACCAGGACAACGCGGAUGAUGAUGCAUACCAGAACAACGGAACUGUCCAAGAUCCUGCUGCAGCUGAUAUCUAUGAAAUGGAUGAUGCCCCCUCAAUCCCUUCUGCGACUGUAGAUCAAAUGCACAAGCCUACCCCAUGCGCUGUUCAAGAUGACGUGUGUGAGACUACCCCACGCGCUGUUCAAGAUGACGUGUCUGAGACUACCCCACGCGCUGUUCAAGAUGACGUGUGUGAGACUACCCCAUGCGCUGUUCAAGAUGACAUGUAUGUGUUGGAUGACGUACUGUCCAGCUCUUUAGCCAAGGUCAGUCGAGAGAAAAAGAUUUCUCAAGAAGAUGCAGAAGACCAUAUUUAUGAAAUGGAUGCUGCCCCGCCAAGUGGUUUGGCGAAUGGAAAUCGGAGCAAGAAGACUAACGUCCCAGCCUGUGGUGAAGACAAUGUAUACGAAAUGGAUGCUCGUGUUGAGGAGCAUGCAGACAAAGUAUACGAAGCUCUCGUUAGUGGCAGUCACAUCUAGGGACGUUCUUGUGUCCAGUGAUAUUACUGCUCAAUGACCGACCUUUGUGUACAUGUACCGUUGCAGAUACUGAAGAUGGCAUCAAUACUGGAUUUGAAUGAUUCCGAAGAUAGCGUCAAUACUGGAUUUGAAUGAUUCUGAAGAUGACAUCAAUUCUGGAUUUGAAUGAUUCUGAAGAUGACAUCAAUACAGGAUUUGGCUGAUUCUGAAGAUGGCGUCAACGUUGGAUUUGAAUGAUUCUGAAGUUGGCAUCAAUACAGGAUUUGAAUGAUUCUGAAGAUGACGUCAAUGCUGGAUUUGAAUGAUUCUGAAGUUGGCAUUAAUACUAGAUUUGAUG